AAAUGCAGUGACAGCUUAACUAGUGGAAAUGUGACAACAUUUUUGAGACAACAUUAAAAGUCCAGUCCAGUCUCGCUGUUGUUGGCAUGUGUGCUUGCUGGGUUGCGGCCAUUUGUUGCCAAUAUCUGCCUACCGCUUGCCUAGUACAUUCAUUUUGUGAGCUGCAUUGUGUGGACGUAUGAAUCUGUAUCUGACUUCUGUGUGUUUACAUGUGGUGAGAAGGAAGUCAAUGUUCUUAAGAGUUGGGAGUCUGUGAACAUUGUGAUUGUUUCUGUUUGAAACCCUGAAAAGUGCCAAACUCUCGGUACUGUAUGGGUAUGGGGCAUGCUCUACCAAGCCCUGACUUGGCGGAUGGCAUACAAGCCAUCCCGAUUAUUGCAUGUUACAUGUUUUGAUAGUUGACAACUGGCAAAGCUGCGUCACUAACCACGCCCCUAAACAUAACACCCGCACGUCAUUGUACGUCAGCUACAUGAGAAAGAUGGCCGAAGCGACGGAGUCAGCUGAGAGGGGAACUGUUUACCGAACACUGGUGCAUCUCGGUUUUCAUAGUCUGUUCUACAAAUUGCUGCUGUUUCUGGAGUCGACUGCAAGGUCAUGGUGGGUGACCAGUUGGCUGCCCUCCUGGUGUCCAACAUCCCUUUGCAAGCUGAAGGAUGCAGAGGAGAAGAUGCUGGAGUCCAUAGCCGACACCUUCUCUCGGCAGCACGUCUGCAUAUCGGACGGGAACCAGAUCUGGACGCUGAUGUUUAAGGGGCAGGCACAGGACAGGACGCCCGUGGUGCUGCUGCACGGGUUCGGGGGGGGCGUGGGGCUGUGGGCGCUGAACCUGGACGCCCUGUCCCAGCAGCGCCCCGUCUACGCCUUCGACCUGCUGGGUUUCGGGCGGAGCAGCCGGCCCCAGUUCAGCGGCGACGCCCGCGAGGCGGAGCUGCAGUUCGUGGACUCCAUCGAGCAGUGGAGGGCCAGGGUGGGGCUGGAGGCCAUGAUCCUGGUCGGCCACAACCUGGGAGGCUUCCUGGCCGCCUCCUAUUCGCUCAAGUUCCCCUCCAGGGUGAAACACCUGGUUCUGGUGGAGCCGUGGGGGUUUCCCGAGCGUCCGGACACGGCGGAUGAGGACCGGCCCAUCCCGGUGUGGAUCAAAGCCCUGGGGGCCAUACUCAGCCCCUUCAACCCACUGGCAGGGCUCAGGCUGGCUGGUCCACUUGGCCCUAUGCUGGUCCAAACACUCAGGCCAGACUUCAAGAAGAAAUUUUCCUCCAUGUUUAAUGACAACACCGUCACAGAGUACAUCUACCACCUGAAUGUACAGAUGCCCAGUGGAGAAACUGCCUUUAAAAACAUGACUAUUCCGUACGGCUGGGCGAAGCGGCCCAUGCUGCAGAGGGUGGCUCUGAUCCAGGAGGACAUCCCCAUCACCGUGGUGUACGGCUCGCGCUCCAGCAUCAACGGCAACUCAGGCACCGCCAUUAAAGAGCUGAGGCCCAACUCCCACGUGGAGAUAAUAGCAAUCCGUGGGGCUGGGCACUAUGUGUAUGCUGACCAGCCAGAGGACUUUAACCAGCAAAUCCUACGGAUCUGUGACGCAGUCGAGUGACACCUGCCACCCCCUCCCGACUCACCAUAGACGUCACACACAGGACUGUUAGGCUCUCCUCUCUGCCCCAAGUCUGCCCCCCAGGGGUUCAAGGGGCCGGUGCCUUUUCUGCAGUAACUAAACCAGCAUCGUUCCCUCUCCCUCGUUCCACCACAUCGUCACUGUUGCAGGUCGGGGGUCUAACUGGGAUGUAUUACUUCAGAUCGGAAAAGGAAGCAAUCGUGUAUUUUGAUCAUUCAUUUUCCUUUCAAAAUGUGUGUUGUGAUAUCCUAACUCCUUCAGACGUACAUCUGGAUCAGUGCAGGUGUGAGCGAACCACGUCUGUGAGCCUGUUCUUACACUUUGUGUGUUCACAAAAUACUUUUCUUUAUUUUAUUCCAUUAACAUGUGUCGUUUUCUUUUAAAAAGAAAUAUAUAGAGGCUAUAUAUGAUAUUUCUGCCCUCACACCAUAUUAAGAACAGAGAGUUGAGAAUUUUAGAAAUAUAUAUAUUUUUAAUAUUCUUAUUUGUUUUAAAGGCAAUCUUUUUAGGGAUCAUUGCAAGAAAAGGCUGUCAUCCCAUUUUGAUGACUAUGGUUGGAUUGAUAGUCCAUUGAAACAUACAGUAUGGACUUAUAUUUUAAACUUAUUUUGUUCCAUUUUAUUUCAAAGCUUGCACAUUCUGUAUAUUAUUGAGUAUCUCUUGUGCUGAAAUGUUAACAUCAGGAUUGAUUUAAUUUGUUUAGGAAUAAUAUAUCUUCCAUCUUUGUGUCCUGCCACAUAUGUAUGGCUUUUUGAUAGCCUGUUCACACAUUGGCACAGGGAUGCAGAUUUGUUUGUAUUGGUCUGCUGCAUGAUAACAGAUGGUAAGAGUUCUGACUGAAGUGCAGCAGCAGGUAAUGUCUUGUUUUACAGUAGCAUUGGGGGUGAUCCCUGUUUGGCCCAAGAAUCGCAGUUUUGCAUAUGUGAAUAUGGAGUCUCCCAUGGAAAGAAAUGUUUAUUUUAUCAGGUGCCUUACCUUAGUGCAGGCAAGAAACCAGUGAUAAUUUUAUUGAUGAACAUAUACAGAAUAAUCUAUGCUAUUCCUGGAAGCACAUAGAUAAAAUCGCUACAAUGUUGACAGUUAUUUUUUAUUUAAUGUGAAUCAGAAACCAGUCAGAACAGUGGGUGCUGAUAUCGGUUUCACUGGUUAUGGUUUUGAAAGACAGUGUUUUUAAAUGAUUGUUCUCCAUUCAUUUCAGUUUUAGUAAGCCAUGUACAACUUUUUUAUUCAUAUUUUAAUAUCAAGGACCAUCCUUUUAAAUUGAAGUCGCCCAGAUUACGUACUUAAUCCGUUGAAGGGAGAAUAAAAAAAUGGUAUUAUAUUUUGGGGAAAUUUGUCAUUUGUCUGCCAUGUCAGUGGUUUAGGCUUUAACUGAAGACAGGGAGUCCUUUGCAGACGUUGCAGAUUAUUUAGAUAUUCCUUUCAUUUUUAUUCUUUUUGUUGAAGUCUACCUCAUGCUAGUCCGGUGUCGCUGUUUCACUUUUGAAAAGCAGAGGCGGGUGAAUGUGGUGAGGUGGACUCAAACCUCGCUGAAGCCCACGGUGACAGACACACAUUCCCCGUGUGCUGGCAGAGUCUCUGCCCUGGACAGGAAAAACAGGGCCGCUUUCAUUGUGUGUGUGUGUGUGUGUGUGUGUUUAAUGUUCAUCGCUGCCUUACUGAAUCCCGGGCCCAGCUGGGCCCAGCGCUCGGUCCCGUUGCCUCGGUGCCCAGGUGAACUGGUAUUCCUUUCAUUUUCAGAACUCCCAGACACAGGGCUGCUUUUGAGAUGUCCUGUGUCCCACUGUCCUGCAGUUCUGUCAGCACAUACUGCUACUGUUCACCUGUUCCAGUGUGUAUGAGUGCAUAGUACUUGACCUGUAAAUAAAUUCCAUAUUUCAUAUUUAGAA